UCCGGAGUCAUCCCUCAGAUUUCUCUGAUCAUGGGCCCGUGUGCUGGCGGGGCUGUCUACUCUCCAGCCCUAACAGACUUCACGUUCAUGGUAAAGGACACCUCGUACCUGUUCAUCACUGGCCCUGAUGUUGUAAAGUCUGUCACCAAUGAGGAUGUUACCCAGGAGGAACUCGGUGGUGCCAAGACCCAUACUACCAUGUCAGGUGUGGCCCACAGAGCUUUUGAAAAUGAUGUUGAUGCCUUGUGUAAUCUCCGGGAGUUCUUCAACUAUCUGCCCCUCAGCAGUCAGGACCCGGCUCCCAUCCGUGAGUGCCAUGAUCCCAGUGAUCGUCUAGUUCCUGAGCUCGACACAGUUGUCCCUUUGGAAUCUACCAAAGCCUACGACAUGGUGGACAUCAUACACUCUGUUGUUGAUGAGCGAGAAUUUUUUGAGAUCAUGCCUAAUUACGCUAAGAACAUCGUUGUUGGUUUUGCAAGAAUGAAUGGAAGGACUGUUGGAAUUGUUGGCAACCAACCUAAGGUGGCCUCAGGGUGCUUGGAUAUUAAUUCAUCUGUGAAAGGGGCUCGUUUUGUCAGGUUCUGUGAUGCAUUCAAUAUUCCACUCAUCACUUUCGUGGAUGUCCCUGGCUUUCUGCCUGGCACAGCACAGGAAUAUGGGGGCAUCAUCCGACAUGGCGCCAAGCUUCUCUACGCAUUUGCUGAGGCAACUGUGCCCAAAGUCACAGUCAUCACCAGGAAGGCCUAUGGAGGUGCCUAUGAUGUCAUGAGCUCCAAGCACCUUCUUGGUGACACCAACUACGCCUGGCCCACAGCAGAGAUCGCAGUCAUGGGAGCAAAGGGUGCUGUGGAGAUCAUCUUCAAAGGGCACGAGAAUGUGGAAGCUGCUCAGGCAGAGUACAUUGAGAAAUUUGCCAAUCCUUUUCCUGCAGCAGUAAGAGGGUUUGUGGAUGACAUCAUCCAACCUUCCACCACUCGUGCCCGAAUCUGCUGUGACCUGGAGGUCUUGGCCAGCAAAAAGGUGCAACGUCCUUGGAGGAAACAUGCAAAUAUCCCAUUGUAAACAAAUCAAGGGAAAAUAAACCAAGAGCUGAAUUACUGUCUGCCCAUUUACACCCCUUCCCUGCCUUUUGCAAUCAUGAAACCUGGGAAUCUGAACCAGUAAUAACUUGGAAUGGCUAAGUUUAUUAAAGUCUAGAAAGAUCUCA